AUGGUUAUAGCUUUAAAUUCUAUUGUCUCUAGGAAGGCUCCAGGUCCAGAUGGAUUCCCAAGCCAUUUCUUCAAAUAUAGUUGGUCCAUUGUGGGUGAUGACAUGGUAGCUUGUAUUCAAAAUUUCUUCACCAAAUCUAAGUUGUUAAAGGAAGUAAAUAACACUUUUAUCACCUUAAUUGCUAAGAAUAAGAAUCCUCCAACUGUCUCAGAUUUUAGGCCCAUAUCUUGCUGUAAUGUCCUCUACAAGUGUAUUACUAAAAUUAUCUCUCUUAGAAUGAAGAGGAUAUUAUGGGGUCUUAUCAGUCACAAUCAAUCUGCCUUUAUUCCUGGCAGAAGUAUUCAAGUUAACAUUAUGUUAGCUCAUGAGUUGGUCAGGAAUUUUCACAAAUUAAAUGGGUCUCCAAGAUGUGCUCUAAAAAUUGACUUAAGGAAAGCUUAUGACAUAGUCAAGUGGAGUGUUAUUUUUCAUGUUCUAAAACAAUUGGGGUUUCCAGAUGUGUUCAUUAAUUGGAUUUCUCUUUGUAUAACUUCAGCUAAAUUUUCUGUGCUUGUGAAUGGUUCACCUUAUGGUUUCUUUGGAGCUACAAGAGGACUCAGACAAGGGUGUCCAAUCUCUCCUUAUUUGUUUGUCUUAGCUAUGGAGAUGCUGAAUGUUACUCUGCUCAGACAGGUGCAGCUGCAGAAUUUUGGUUUUCACCCAAGAUGUAAUCUUACAAGGCUUACUCAUAUGUGCUUUGCAGAUGAUGUAAUGCUCUUCUUUAAAGGUACCACUUCAGCUGCUUAUAGUAUCAAAGUUGCUUUUAAUGAAUUUAGUGUGUGUACUGGGCUUGAAAUGAAUAACCAAAAAACCUCUUUAUUUCAUUAUGAAAUUGAAGAUGUUACUCUACAACAAAUUAUUACUAUUCUAGAUUGCUCUGUGGGGGAGUUACCUGUCAUAUAUUUAGGAAUUCUUUUAUUAUCAACUAGAUUAUCUUAUAGAGACUGCCUUCCUUUGCUAGAGAAAGUAGAUGACAGAUUAAAUUCUUGGAAGCCAAAAUACCUAGAUUAUCCAAGGAGGGCUUUAUUGAUUAAAUUUGUUCUAAGUGGUAUGCUUUACUUCUGGUUUUCUUGUUUCAUACUUCCAGAAAGAGAUUGUUCUUGGUGCUGGAGAAGAAUAUUAGAGCACAGAGAAUUAGCAAAACAACAUAUUGGCACUCUCUUAGGAGACGACAAUUCUAGCAAUUUCUUAUAUGAUAAUUGGCAUCCCAAGGGGAGACUAGUGGAUUGGGUUGACUCAAAUAUUCUUGAAACUAUUGGUGCCUCUGAUAACACUUUGGUGGCAGAGUUCAUUUCUGAAGAUGAUUGGAAUUUUCCCUCUUAUAUGGAAGACAAUGUCCAAGAAAUGGUUCAGCAAAUCAGUACUGCAUAUUUUAAUGUUCCUGAAAGGGAUCAAAUCUUUUGGAAACCUAGCAUCACAGGUCAGUUCUCAAUGAAACAUACUUAUAUUGCUUUGUCUGAUCAUCUGCCUUCCCCUCCUUGGAAUUAUCUUGUUUGGUUCAAAAAGCAUAUACCUAGACACUCUUUCAUCUCUUGGCUUGCUUUUCAUAGAAGGUUAAAAACUAGAAGCAAAUUGUUAGGUUGGGGAACUAUCUCAGAUGCUUCAUGUAUUUUGUGUGGAGAAGCUAUGGAAACUGAAGACCAUCUGUUUCAUGACUGCAUGUUUUCUUCUGGUAUUUGGAAUGGGAUUCUUUUGAAAUUAGUCUAUGUUAGAGUGCUUCCUAACACUUGGGAGGAGGAAAUAUAUUGGUGUCUUCAAAACUUCAAAGGCCAUGAUAGUGUGGCUGUCAUUAAUAGGCUAGUACUAAAUGCUUUCAUCUACCACAUUUGGAGAGAAAGAAAUAAUAUAAUUUUUAGAUCCUCUUUCAACUCUCAAGAUCAAGUUAGUCUGCUUAUUGUUCAAGAUGUGAGAUUUAAAGUGUCUGCAAUCAACUGUAAAGAAGAGGAUAACUCUAAUGUGAGAUGGUUUAUGAGCAGAUGGAGAAUUGAUUGUUUAUUUUUCCAACCAGAUACUAUUGAGUGUACUUGGCUUGCUCCUGCCACUGAUGAAACAAUGACAAAUACUGAUGGUUCAAUGUCUGAUGAUGCUGGAAGUUUUGGUGCUAUACUUAGAGAUCAUACUGCAGAGGUUAUAAGUGCUGCUAGUGGAAGUAGUCCCCCUAUUUCAGUCUUGGCUCAUGAGAUUCAGGGUGUUGAGUUAGGGUUAAAAAUGGCUCUCAAGUUUGAUAAGCUUAAAAUACACAUUGCUUCAGAUUCCAUGGUUGUGUAUAAUCUGCUCACCAAUCCUACAUCAGAACCGCCUUGGAAUGUCUUACAAAUUGGGAGAAGGAUAAAGCAUCUGAGAAGGAAGUUUGUUUCAUGGAAAGUUACUCACUGUUACAGAGAAACCAAUAGAGCAGCUGACCAUCUUGCAGGGAAGUAUCUCAGUGAUACUUGGCUUGAGAAGGAGCGCGACAGGCACUUGCUAUCAUGUCCUGCCGGCGAUGGUGCCAUUACGCCUUUUGAGGCGCAGAUUAGUGCCUUAGAUAAUGAGAAGGCUCAAUUGGAACAUACCUUGAAUUUCGUUCUAGCUGAUCAUAGGCUCAUAAUCACAAUGCAGUUACAGAAGAAACUGAACGAUGUCAUGGGAGAAAAGCAAAGAUUGGAUGAUGAGCUGAAUGGCAUGGAAGCUCAAUUCGAAGUAGAGCUAGAUCUGAACGUGUUUUAUGGAGGGAAAAGAUGA